AUGGGUCUCGAAGUGGCCGUGAUUGGCGUCAGCCUUCUACUGGCUUCCAGCGCGUUCACCGUCGAGAAGCGCGCUCAAGGAAGCGGAUGCGUCGAUUUGCGAUGCCCAGCAGCCGCGUUGGAUUAUGGACUCCGAAACUUGGUGAAUGAGGAGACGCUGAGAACCGACGUAUGCGUCGACUGCAAACAGUGCGCCGACAACGGCUACAGCGUCUGCCUUCGCGUCAAGGACUCGCGGGCGGCGCGCGCGAUCGGCGGCUGCAGCUGCUCGCAUCAGCUCGCCGAGAACUGCCAGCACGAUGCGAUUCCGAAAACGCAUCCGGCCAACAUCACAAUGCGCACCUACACGGCGUGCUAUUCAGAUGCGCUUCAACGCCCGCCGAUGCCGUUGGCGGUCAAUGAGAACUCGUCGGUGCUGGUGACAAUUGAGCCGUUCUGGCUCGAGCCCUACUGGAAGCAUUUGCCAAUCGAGAACCUCACACUUCAUUAUGAGUUUGGCGUCAAAGUGCCCGAGCAUUGCGAGGGCGACGUGCACUCGACGGACGACGGCGUCCACACGUGCACAUCGUCGGUCGCCGUCGACAUCAGCGACGACGGCGGCGAUGAGAAGCCGGCGACGAGCGACGCCGAUGACUAUGAGCAUAGUGAUAACUAUGAUCAGUAUGACGACGAGCUUCCGCCGGAGAUUCAAUUCGAUCGCGAUGUGUUCGCUGGCGCCAAACAACUCGUCGCUUAUUAUACCGCAAUUGUGCGACGGCCUCGCCAGCUCAAAAUCGGAGCGUCGCGCGAGUUCGAGAUCCAUGAGACCAGCGCUUCCAUCGAGUCCGACCAUUUGAAGUUCGACUUGAAACCCGAGCUCUAUGGCGUUAGCGGAAUUGUGAAUGGCGUUGUUGGUGACGUCAAGAGCGAGAAGGAAGGCGAUGUGGUGUCGAGUGAUGGCGUCAAAGAUGAUGGCGAAGCGGUUAGCGAGGAGACCGGCGCCACCGAUUUCUUUGACGAUGCGAAGAGCACUGAGAAGGCGCCGGAGACAUCGGAAGGCGACGACAAGAAGGAGGAGCAGGAGGAGGAGGAGGGCGUCGUGAAAGUGAAUUUGGAAGACGUCAAGCCGACAAAAUUGAAGUCGCAAGAAAAAGAAGAGGAAGCGAAAGAGGUCGAGUCGACAAGUGUCGCUGAGAAAUCCGACGAUGCGACGAUGAAGGAAGAGGAGGAAGGCGAGGAAGGUGAUAAGGAAAUGGAAGAGGAGAGGAAGGAGGAGAAGGAGGCAGGCGAGGAAGGCGAUAAGGAAAAGGAAGAAGAGAGGAAGGAGGAGGAAGGCGAAACGACAACCGUGGAGGUUGUCGAAGGGCACGAAGAGGAAGGCGACGAGACAAUUUGGUUCCGCUUCACGAACGGCGACGACUUCCACAGAGUUCGCUAUGUGUUCCUCAUCACCCUCGCGUGCUUCAUCGCGUUCAUCGCCAUCGUUCUUUGCUAUCGUCGACGAUGCUGUUGCGGCAAGAAGGACACGAAGACCGCGAAUGGCUAUCGCUACUCAUCAGCGCAUCAAGCGCCACCAGCCACCGAGCUGAAGUCGAUGAGUCGCGCCAAUUCGCACGACGCCGACGACGUCAAACUUUUCGACGAAAACGAGACGCUUGAAAAAUUUCGAAGUGUUGUUCGCGGCGGGACCACUUUCAAUCCGAGCAAAAUCGAGCUCGGCAUCUCGGUGGGAAUGGGAAAAUUCGGACCAAUCUAUCGAGCCAUAUUCAACUCAUACAACGGAAGUGUUCACGACGUCAACGUCUACCUACUGAAAAAUGUCACUCGUCUGCCCGAUGAGGCGCUCUCGAAUCUCACCGCGAUGCUCAAGUCGAACCUCAGCGCCGGCAGCCAUCCGAACGUGUUGUCGUUGUGCGGCGUGACGCAAUCGGGUCCCGACGUGAUGCUCAUGUGGGAGCCGCUUCAUCAGCCGACACUUCAGGGCGUGUUGCGCGAGAGUCGAUGCGCGCGCUUCGGCACCGAUCCGUUCAACUUCGCCUCGUUCCUCUCGUCGGAGCGUCUCGUCACGAUGGCGCACGGGUGUUGCGCCGGCGUCGAGCAUCUCAUCAAGAAGUGCGUCUAUCCGCCGCACGUGUCGACGUCGAAUUUGUUGGUCGCCGAGCGCGGCGUCGUCAAAAUCGCCGGAUUCGGGCUCGCCGAGCACACCGCGUUGAAUAUGAUGAGCUCCGAGCACAUGCCCACCAAAUUUCGCUGGAUGCCGCCCGAGCACUUCAAAAAAGACGCGAUGCUCAUCAUGAACGAGCAGACGAUCAUCUGGUCGAUCGGCGUCGUCCUUUGGGAGAUUUUCUCGCUCGGCGCCACACCCUUCGCCAAUUAUCGCCAAUCGUUGGCGUUUGUGGACGCGAUGCGCGACGGCUCGGCGACGCUCGACAAUAUUCCCUAUUGCGGAGAGGCUGUAUGUCAGCUAAUAUCUUCAUGUACUUCACACCAACCCGACGCCCGAGGGACCAUUAAAACAAUUAUCAAACGGCUGGAAUGCAUUUCAGCGGACGCAAAAACGCAAAUCAAUUUGAGCUAUCGCGAAGAUUUUCCCUACUUGCCAAUCAUCACCCAAUUGGAAUUGCAAACCGAAUAA